AUGAAGAAGAAGAGUACUGCUAGAAAAUUUGUAGCAGGGAAAUCAAGAUGGUCAUUUACUUAUGAAUAUUUUUUGAGGGUUGAAAAUGAAGUUAAGCAGGUAUGUAAAAAAAUGUUCCUAUCAACGUUGGGACUAAAAGAAUGGAUGAUAUCACACUGGUGUUUGGAAAACAUUCAUGGUAUGCACAGCCCCCGACAUGUUAGUACUACUCGGAAACUUGAUCGGCCCCAACAAAGAUCUAUUCAAGUUGCUGAGGAACAAAAAUUAUUCUUAAGAUCAUUUUUUGAUAAAUUACCGAAACAGAGCUCACAUUACUGUAGAAAGGAUAGUCAUAAGCUCUACCUAGAAGGAGUUUUCUGUUCAAAAAUGGAUGUGUUUAGGCUCUACCAAAAACAUUGUACGGAAAACAACCAACAAGCCCUGAAUGUGUUUACAUUUUGUGCUGGCAAUGUGACUGAUGAGGAGUAUACAAGACAUAUUGAGUUAAAAGAUGCAGCUCGAUUGGAGAAAAGUGAAGAUAAGAGAAAAGCAGAGAUAAGCGACCAAUAUACUUUUGUUAUGGAUGUACAAACAGUUAAACUAUGUCCAGUUAAUAAUGCAAACAAGUUCUACUUUAAGACGAGACUUAAGUUGCAUAAUUUUACCAUUUAUAACUUGGCCAGUCACCAAUGUACAAACUAUUGGUGGAACGAAUCAGAAGCAGAUCUUGUCUCAUCUGUUUUUACCACUAUUAUAAUAAGCCAUUUAGAAAAAUAUUGUACUGAAGAUAAACACACUGUUUUAUGGAGUGACGGUUGCCCUUACCAAAAUCGCAAUGUGGUUUUGGCUAAUGCUCUAUUAAACUAUGCUGUAAAAUAUAAAAAACAAGUGAUCCAUAAAAGUACUUAG